AGAUGUUCUUCAGAGCAUCAUCAAUCAUACUUUUCGCUCUUUUUCGUGCUUCACGCUCGCAUGCGGGGUACAGCAAAAAAACGCGUACACUCAUUCCAGGCAGAACGCGCCAUCGCCUCAGCAGCGCGUCCUCACAUUGCGCGUUCUUUUCCCCCUUUUCCCUAAAAAAAACCCCCUCCUGUUGCUGUUGUUCUUCUCCGCUACGACCUAUGAAUGAUCGGAACGGAACACCGCCUUACUUACCCUUUUCUCUCUUCCCGCCUGUGUUGCUCUACGGAAGUCACGAAUCGCACCAAACACUCAUUUGUAUUCAGAACUAA